AUGGCUCGGAGGGAACUUAAAGAUAAUGGUACUGUCAUACACCUGCUACUCUUGCCCAUCAAGGAAGUAGAGAUCAUCGAUUUGGAAGGUGCUGUUGCAGGAAUUGUGCAACUUUCUUGCCUAAUUACAGCAUGCUUUAUAAAAUCUUUUCAACAGAUAACACCUCAUCCACGCCUAAUUCAAGGAACCUUGGAUCAGUUUAUACCAUAUAAAGGAUGGAAGCUUUACUUUUCAGAAGCUUAUGUUGGAAGCUCCCCUUUUGUACAGAAGAUAAGUGCAUUUGAGAAAUUUUUCACAAAUCAUAUUGAUCUGUAUGACAAGGAUGAAAUAGAAAGAAAAGGAAGUAUCCUGAUUGACUUUAAGGAGCUUGUAAAUGAUGAAGAGUUGAAAGCUCUAAUGCCAAAUUUAGCCACUGAAUUCAGGGAUAUGCCAGAAAAAUUGUUGGAUUGCUUGGGAUUGGCAGUUCAUCAGGUAAUAACUAGAGAUCUUGAAAAACAGGCAGCUCAAUUGGAUCAAGGGCUACCAAAUGAAGAUAUUCCAAUUGUAAAUGUUCCCUUCAUUCAUGCAAGGAUUUUUAACUAUGAGCCUUUGACAUUGUUGAAAAAUUUGCGAGCUAACUGCUAUGGAAAAUAUGUUUCCCUGCGUGGGACAGUUGUCCGUGUCAGCAACGUCAAACCUUUCUGCACUAGAAUGGCCUUUACUUGUAAUACAUGUGGAGAUACUCAGAGCCUACCUCUUCCUGAUGGAAAAUACACACUCCCUACAAAGUGUUUAGCACCAGAAUGUCGUGGUCGAUCAUUCACGCCGAAUAGAAGCUCCCCCUUAACAGUUACUGUAGACUGGCAAUCUAUCAAAUUGCAGGAGCUUGCAUCAGAUGACAAGAGAGAAGCCGGAAGAAUUCCUCGAACUAUAGAAUGUGAGCUUAUCCAGGACUUGGUGGACAGUUGUGUCCCAGGUGAUAUGGUAACUGUCGUAGGGAUUGUCAAAGUGGCAAACAGCAGUGAAGGGAAGACUAAAAACAAAGAUGACAAGUGCAUGUUUUUUUUGUACAUUGAGGCCAACUCUAUCAGUAACAGUAAAGGACGGAGAAUUGUGAGUUCUGAAGAGGUAUCUGGUGAAACAGCCUCCAUGGAAUUUACGCUUAAAGAGCUUUAUGCAAUUCAAGAAAUUCAAGCUGAAGAGAACCUUCUCAAGUUAUUUGUUAACUCCUUAUGUCCUGCUAUAUAUGGUCAUGAGCUUGUCAAAGCAGGAUUGGCAUUGGCACUCUUUGGAGGCUGUCAAAAAUAUGUGGAUGAUAAAAAUCGCAUUCCAAUCAGAGGCGAUCCUCAUGUGCUUAUAGUCGGUGAUCCUGGACUUGGAAAGAGUCAAAUGUUACAGGCAGUAUGUAAUGUUGCUCCACGCGGUGUUUAUGUCUGUGGUAACACCACCACCAGUUCGGGACUUACUGUAACUUUAUCAAAGGACAGUGGAUCAGGAGAUUUUGCACUGGAAGCAGGGGCUCUUGUACUUGGUGAUCAAGGCAUUUGUUGCAUUGAUGAAUUUGAUAAAAUGGGUAACCAGCACCAAGCCUUGCUGGAAGCCAUGGAACAGCAGAGUAUCAGUCUGGCCAAAGCUGGAAUUGUUUGCAAUUUGCCUGCCAGAACUUCGAUUCUUGCAGCUGCUAAUCCAGUUGGGGGACAUUACAGUAAAGCUAAAACAGUCUCUGAGAAUUUAAAAAUGGGAAGUGCCCUACUUUCAAGAUUCGAUUUGGUAUUUAUCCUGCUUGACACUCCAAAUGAAGAUCAUGACAACCUUCUUUCAGAACAUGUCAUGGCUUUGCAUGCUGGGAAGAAAGCAACCUUGAGCAGUGCCACAGUUUUACGUCAAGGCACACAAGACGCUAAUACAUCGAUCCUUGAAGUUGCUUCAGAUAGGCCAUUAUCAGAAAGAUUAAAGGUUUACCCUGGAGAACACUUUGAUCCUAUUCCUCAUCAGUUACUAAGAAAAUAUGUAGGAUAUGCGCGCCGUUAUGUUUGUCCAAAGUUAUCUGCUGAAGCAGCUCAAGUACUUCAAGACUUUUAUCUAGAGCUGAGGAGACAAAAUCAAGGUCCAGAUAGUACUCCAAUUACUACAAGACAGCUGGAGUCUCUUAUAAGGCUUACAGAGGCAAGAGCAAAAUUAGAACUCAGAGAAAAUGCAACAAAAAGUGAUGCAGAAGACGUUGUGGACAUCAUGAAACAUAGGUAAAGAGGUUUUUCAAAAUGAUCUUAAUUACUGCAGAAUGUGAAUGAGCAUACAAAAAGCAUAAUGGUACAAAAUAUGCAAAUCUGCAACAUAAGAACAAAUAUUAUACAAUGAACACAGGCUAAUUGACUGUUGACUGAACACAGGAGGAUGUGCAAGGAGCUAACAUAUGUCAGUGGAGUGCACAACUUUUGGAGGGGAAGUAGUACAAAUCUUCAUUUGAUUAUGUCUAGGUAUUUUAUUUGUUUAGCAUUUAUUGCAAAUAAGUUUGUUCUUAAUAUCUACUUCAGGAACCUUUCCACAAUAUUAAGAUUAAAAGAGCUUUUCAUAUAAGAAGGUACAGACCUUUAUGAAAUAAAGCAUGAAGUUCUCUUUCUUCAUAGGCCAAAAAAAAUUUUUGGUGUCAUGGGUAUAACAGGAAAUUUCAUAUUUGAAGGAAUAAUAAGAACAUAAGAACUAGGAACAGGAGUAGGCCAUCCGGCCCCUCGAGC